AAUGCGGGGAAGAGCGAGUGCGCGUGCGCGACAUGUGUGUGCGCGUCACGUAGUGACGUGUGCGUGUGCGUCGCUUGUGCGCUGGGAUUACGGGACGCCGGGAGGCUGUGGGAGAGAACGACUGCGCCAGGAAGGGGCUCGGAAAUACAUGAAUUUCCUGGACCAAAUAGCCGCUGGGAGAUUUGUCUUGCUUAGCUGUAAAAUGCGGAUAUCUAGAGUGCUUGCCGCAUUUUUUGUGUUGUUUUGAGCGCUCACGUUUUGUUAGCUGCUGUUGUAUUUAAUUGUUUUGUAUGUAAUGCAGGCGGCUGGAGCUUGGAUGAGUCUCUAGGGCCUCCAUUCCUCAGUUAAUUCGUUUGUGAAAUGGGAUUGGAGGGGGCUGGACCAGCUAGCCACCAAGGCCUUUUCCUGGCUCUAACAUCACCCAGAUCCCAAGUUAUUAUUUAUUAUGUAUUCAUUUGUUAUUUGUUGUGUAUAAUCAUGACACGGUAUCCUGAAGCCAUCGAAGGCUGUGUGACGGUGGAAGGUCUGAGACAAAUUUAAGAAGAGAGAGAACCUAAAUUGGUAAUAAAUCAAUAAGAAACAAAUGUUUACAUUCACUCAGUGAAAAGUAUCAUGUCUAAGCUCAACAUAAAUCGGAGCCACACAUGGACAACUCUCCCUCCUCCACUAAGAGUGAAAAAUGAACAAAUCCCAGGAACAAGUGUCAUUCAAAGAUGUGUGUGUGGACUUCACCCAGGAAGAGUGGUACCUGCUGGAUCCUGCUCAGAAGAUACUAUACAGAGACGUGAUCCUGGAAAAUUACAGCCACCUUGUCUCAGUAGGGAAUUGCAUUACUAAGCCAGAAGUGAUCUUCAAGAUCGAGCAAGGAGAAGAACCUUGGAUAUUAGAGGAAAGAUUCCCAAAACAGUGCCGCUCAGAAGACUGGAAAGUUGAUGACCUGAUAGAGAGCAGCCAGGAAAAUGAAGAUGAACUUUUUUGGCAACUUGCUUUCACCAACCAAACGUUAAGUACAGAUAGUGGUGACAGAGUAAGGAAAACUUUAAAUCUAGGUACAGAAUCUGUUCCUUCAAGAAAUUUUCUGUAUAAGAUAUGUGACACAUGUGAAAUGAGUUUGAAAAAUAUUUCAGGCUUAAUUAUUAAUAGAAAGAACUAUUUUGGAAAGAAGCCUGAUGAGUUUAAUGUAUAUGAGAAAUUGCUCCUUGAUAUUCGGCAUGAGAAAACUCCUACUGGAGGGAAAUCUUAUAAAUAUAAUCAAAAAAAGAAUGUCCUCAAUCGUAGCCAGGAUCUCACUCAGCCAAUUUUUGACCCACCUUUUGAGUAUAAUGAAAAUGGACAAGGCUGCCAUGGGGAGGCAGACUUUUUCACAAACAAGAAAGCUCAGAUAGGAGAGGCACACUGUAAAUAUAAUGAAUGUGGAAGAACUUUCAUCCAAAGUUUAAAGCUCAAUUUAUCUCAGAGAACUCAUUUGGAAAUGGAGCCAUACGAAUGCAGUAUUUGUGGGAAGUCCUUCUAUAUGGAUUUAAGAUUGGGGCAUCAGAGAGCUCUUACAGGGGAAAACCCUUAUAAUGAAUAUGGGCAAAUUUUCUGUGACAGUUCAGCUUUCAUUAUCCAUCAGGGAAAUUACACAAGAAAGAUCCCCCAUGAAUAUAAAGUAAGUCACAAAAUGUGGGAAAAGUCAACCCUCUUUAGACAUCAGAUAGUACACAUGGGGGAAAAACCUUAUGAGCACAAUGAAAAUGGAAAUACUUUCAACAAGAAGUCACAUCUCACCCAACUUCGAAGAGCUCACUCAGGAGAAAAAACCUUCGAAUGUGGUGAAUGUGGGAAAACAUUCUGGGAGAAGUCAAACCUCACUCAACAUCAGAGAACACACACAGGAGAGAAACCCUAUGAAUGUACUGAAUGUGGGAAGUCCUUUUGUCAGAAACCACAUCUUACCAACCAUCAGCGAACACAUACAGGAGAAAAACCCUAUGAAUGUAAGCAAUGUGGAAAAACGUUCUGUGUGAAGUCAAACCUCACUGAACAUCAGAGAACACACACAGGGGAGAAACCCUAUGAAUGUAAUGCAUGUGGAAAAUCCUUCUGCCACAGGUCAGCCCUAACUGUGCAUCAGAGAACACACACAGGAGAGAAACCCUUUAUAUGUAAUGAGUGUGGGAAAUCCUUCUGUGUGAAAUCAAACCUCAUUGUACAUCAAAGAACUCACACAGGAGAGAAACCUUAUAAAUGUAACGAAUGUGGGAAAACCUUCUGUGAGAAAUCAGCUCUCACUAAACAUCAGAGGACUCACACAGGGGAGAAACCCUAUGAGUGUAAUGGAUGUGGGAAAACCUUUAGUCAGAGGUCAGUACUCACUAAACAUCAGAGAAUUCACACAAGGGUGAAAGCUCUUUCAGCAUCCUGAACGUUCUGAAGCCUUUAUCCACUCUUUCAAAUUCGUUAUACAGGUUUUUAAAAUGAGAUUAAUGAAACCCAAAGAAUGCCACAAAUUAUUAGAAAGUGAGGUUUUGUUGUACUUCAGAUAAUUAGUACUAGAAUAAAACCUUAUAAUGUUUUGAAUAUGUGAAAGCUUUCAAGAAAAAUUAAAACUUUCCAUCAGAAAAUAUAUAUUGAGGGGAAAUUCAUUUAAAUAAUAUGGCAAAAACCUUUAUCUAGAAUUUAUGUUGUGUAGUGCCAUAUUCUGGAUGUGAUGCCGAAAUUUUAUUGUAAAUAUAAUGGAUGAUACUCAUUUACAGUCAUACUCACAGAAUCUGAAGUUUAAAAAAGUUAAAUGACAACAGCAUUAAACAUUUAUGUGAAGAGUCCUUGAUGUUUGCAGGCCUUAUGUGAGUAUGCUAAUAUCAUAGAAAUUUGAGGUAUUCUUGAUAUGUAUAUUAGAGCCCAACAUGCUUGUGAAGAGAAACUCUGAACCCUUAGUUAAGUAACUAUUAUGGUCUAUAUUAAUAUUUCCCACACUAGAUACCAUCAGUGUCUUUAUAGGUUGACACAAUUAUGUACAUAUGUAUAUGUAAAUAUGUUUAUACACACAUAGCAACACACAGUGGUGUACUGCAGUAAGCUUAUACUGGCUUGCAAGUACUGCUGAUUGUUAAAUUUUCAGGAAUUUUGUGAGCCAGUUGUUAAACAGAGUCAUUAUUUUAAAAUUAAACUAUAUAAACUUACAGUUAAACAUUAAAAAAGCAAGGGUAAUAAGUAUUCAACACUCAUCACUUCCUAAUUACUUUACAGUAUUUUGUUGUUAUCUUUGUUCUUUAGGUUAUUUGUAUUGUUGAAUCUGCAUGGUGAAUACUGUAUAAUGAUGUGCUACUGGAUAUCUCUUCCCAGCUCUACAUUCAGUGCCAUCAUGUUGGUAGCUUGGCUUUAGUGGGAGAAUUUACACCAUGAUAAUUGGCAAACUCUACAAAUCAGGGUUUUGUUUUCUCAGAGAACCUGUAGUCACAUAUUUACAGUAGCACAUCACUGUGUAUUUAUGAAAAUACAUUUGGAAAAUUUAAAGUACAAGCCACAUACCCCUUUUUCCGUUUCCUGAUAUAAAUAAAUGGCUAUGGCCAUUAUUGCUGAAUGGCCUCUUCAAUAAAGAAGCCAAAAUAUGUUUUUGUGAGGUUUUUAACUACCUCUGUAUCAAUCCUAUUCUAAAUACUACCAGAGUCUCUCUGUAGUAUGGCCAGUAUAUGCUAUUUUACAACCAUAUUGCUUACCUUUCUUCUGACUUUGCUGGCAUAUGUGAAUGAGUAUGGCCAUUUUUACUGAGCUUCCACUUCCAUAAAAGAGCCAAACAAUAUUUUUCUGAGGUUACUCAGCUGCCUUGGGUCAGUCAAUAAUGUAAAUGCUAUCAAUAACAAUGAUAUUUACAUAAAUUUCACAAAGGUUAACAUCAGUUAUGAACAGUAAUGCUCACUGCAUUCUACAAAUAAAAAGUAGUGGUGUAUAAUGAAAUGCCUCUGUCAUAUUCUUGGUGCUUCGUUGCUGUAUC